AUGUCUCCCGUUCUUGCGCUGCCACCAUUGCCCAGUUCUGACGCAUGGUCCCACGUCAACUUCUUGACCACCACCAUCGGCACCUUCCUCUGCUGCGCUGCGCGUUCGCCCGACUCACCCUUCUUUCCUUUCCGCCACGACGACCGCCGCGACGAGCUGGGCGCUGCUGCUGCUGCUCGCUGCCGCCGCCUACCUGUACCUCUUUGGUCCCGUGAGUGCCCGCGCCGCCGCUGUCACGUCAUCGCUGACCUCGUGCCCUUUCCUUCUCCGACCUUCCCCACCUUCCACGGCCCCAUCGCGCCCAUCGCACCCGCUCUCGCCCUUCUACGCGCCCCAAAGACCCCGCCCCCGCUGUCGAUGGUUGACAAGAAGAUGGAAGAGAACAUCGCGCAGUUUUGCGGCGUUACCGGCGCAUCGUGCGUGCUCUUUCCCCCUCCCAUUGUCGUUGCCGACUCCGAUGGCGCCAGAGUGAAGGACGCGCGUCGCUUUCUAGAGAAGUAUAAGCGGAUGGACGCCGCGGUCGACGCCUACUAUGGCGAUCCGGACGCCAUUCCCGCCUCACCCCCACCCCAGUCCCACUUUGUACGACCGGCGUCUGGCGCGUCUUCCACGGCCAGACUAAAUGGGUUGUUUGAUAAGUACAAGGACGCGGAUGGCGAGCAGAUAACGGUCGAUGGGACGAUUCGGAUGUGCGAGGACCUCAGCGUCGACCCCGAAGAUGUGGUGUUGCUCGCUGUUGCCUUCGAGCUGAAGAGCCCUCGUAUGGGCGAGUGGUCCAGAGCGGGCUAUGUCGAUGGCUGGAAGGCACUGGGCGCUGACUCCAUUCCCGCGAUGCAAGCCGCGCUCUCCCGCCUCCGCACGCGCCUCACGUCUGGCGACGACCCCGAAUACUUCCAGAAAGUCUACAACAACACGUUCGAGUUUGCGAAGAGCGAGGGGCAGCGGAGUAUUCCGCUCGAGACGGCGACCGCGCUGUGGGGACUGCUGCUGCCGUAUGCCACGCUGGGCGGACGAGUGGACGAUCAUGGGGACACGCUUAUGGACGGCGACGGGUGGCGUCCCGAAUACAACGACUGGUGGUCCGAAUUCCUCACGGAGAAGCGCAGCAAGGGCGUGAGCAAAGAUACGUGGAUCAUGUUCCUCGACUUCGUCCGCUCGAUCGACGCGCGCUUCGCGACAUACGACGUCGACGCCGCGUGGCCGUCCUCCAUCGACGACUUCGUCGAGUGGGCGAAGGAGCGCCUGGGCCCGGCGUAG